CGGUGUAAACAACAGAAGUGGCGUGGACUAUGGCUGCCGAUCCUGCUGUUUCCAAACCCGUGCGACCUAAAAAAGACCCCCAGCCCCUGGUUAUCCCGAAAAAUGCAACCGACGAGCAAAGGCUGAAGUUAGAGCGGCUAAUGAGGAAUCCUGACAAAACUGUUCCAAUACCCGAAGGACCGAGAGAAUGGACCCCACGAUCUGCUCCAGAAUUCGUCAGAGAUGUCAUGGGUUCCAGUGCUGGGGCAGGAAGUGGUGAGUUUCAUGUGUAUCGACAUCUUCGUCGCAGGGAGUACCAGAGGCAGGAGUUUCUGGAUACCAUUUCCGAGAAGCAAAAGUUAGAUGAAGAGUUUCAAAGAAAGCUAAUGGAGAACAAAAUGAUGGAAGAAUCAAAAACAGCAAAGCGCAGAUUGAAAAGGCAAAAAUUAAAAGAGAAGAAGAAAUUAGCUAAGAAGGUCAAAACAGGAGAAAAGGAUACAAAAUCAGAAAAUUCUCCUGAAGCAAGUGAUGACGGAGGUUCAGAUCCUGAAGAUAAUUAAUGACCACCUUGGCCGAGAGCAGAGAUAGACAAUAUCUAGGAUUUACCGACCAUUUAAAUUAUGGAGACUAAAAGCCUGCAUUGUGUGUAA